GAUGUCUGUGAGGAAAAAUCAAAAUGAUGAGAAAUCCUCAGCAAGAACAUGAUCUCCGCGGUGCGGUCGUAUCGCGUAAGAAGUUGCGGACUGGGGUAGUGCUCUUGCUGAGACACUACAACGACAGUCAUCAAAGACAAUCAGACCAAGGACAUCAGAAUCAGAGUUUUCAAGAUUCACGAGUUUUCGUUCCCAGAAACGGCAAGCAAGGAGUGCCACAAGUGGGUGACUAUAUCCGUGUUAAUACAGCUCUUGUUGGUACCUCUGGCGAGGAGAAGGGAAGUACGAUUGCUGUCGUCUCGAGUUGGGAACUGCUUGAGCAGCACUUGGAGGAUGAAGGAGUCCACCAAAAAACGCGAAGUCUAGUUCUAGACUUGAUGCAGAGGAAGAAGCACGUUGUUGCCCUCGAUGAUAAAAAACAACUGUGUCCAGCUUUACGCAAAGCUUUGAUUGCGGAGAUAAGCAGAGACAACACUUCUGUUGAUGGGGUGGACUGCAGCGCAAUAGUCGCACGAACGUGUAUGACGACGCCUAAGAACAACACGACAGGUACGACAAUCCAGCAACCGAAAAGGUGUUUCUUACAAUGGCGUCAUGAAAUCUUCGAAAGAGAUUGGAUUGCACUGCGCCAAUCCGCAUCGGCUCGACGUGAAAGCUUGAAGGUAAAUGCGGCAGCACGGGAUCUGAUACCUCCAGAGGAAGCAGACGACACGCAUACGCCUUUCUCAAGUAAUAAACGUACAACGACGCAAAAAUCACCUGCGACUACUAGUACCACAGAAAGCGCAACUCCAGCAAGUCCAAGAAAGCAGUCUCCGCCAACAAAGCGAAUCGAAGACGAACACUGCGAAGCUACUUCCAUAGAUAAAACCUCCAAGCAUCGUCGGGCCAGCAUCUUCGCUGAUUGGUUAGUCCAGACUUUUUUCCCACAGAUGAACAAGUUGUCUAUUGUCCCAGACCAGGAUGAAAAACAACCUCUUAUAUUAAGGGUAGGUUAAAGGUGCUUUUUUUAUUGCUUUUUAUGCCUCUCCCAAGGGAGAAUAGCAUAACAAGCGGGGUAAACGAGCACCAAAAACCUACCUCUAAUUAUAGUAGACGUUGCAGGAGGCGCAGGGGAUCUAGCAGUAGCCUUGCGAGAACGCGGCUUUCGCCAAGUUUACGUAAUAGAUCCCUGGAAAGCUGAGAAAUGGAAACCUUGGCAAUUGAGGAAAGUCAUGAACAUCACACCAAGCAAGGACGAGCAGGACCACAGGGACAAUUAUGCUUCAUCCUCCUCACUAAGCUCAAAGACGGAGAGAUUAGGAGCUGCUGCGGCUUUGCUGGAUAGCUUUUUUGUAAAAGGGAAAGUGGAGAUGCCUCCUAGGAGCAGCACUAGAACUGCAGACGUGGAUGCGCAAGAGCUACUAGUAGAUGACGUCUCUUCCCUUCUCUCACGUGCAGACCUCAUAGUUGGUCUGCACCCUGACCAAGCGACGGAGCCACUUCUUGCUUGGGCGAGAUCUUUGAAGACGCCAGUUGCCACGGUGCCCUGCUGCGUCUUUUCGGACUUGUUUCCUAAUAGAGUACUUCAUGCUGUUGAACCGGAACCGGAAGAAGAGAAGAGCCUGUUGUACUGUGCGGAAGCACGACGACUGGCAGAUGACGACACAACCUCAACUUGUGCUGGCCAAGGACAACUCGAGGAUAGAAGGUCUAAGAAGAAUCCUUUCAGCAUAAGACCUGUACGUGAUUACGGUACUUUUUUGACGUAUUUGACGUCAACGUAUCGAGGACUAGCGAGUACAGUCUUACCUGUUGAUGGGAAGAACAUAGUUCUCUACACUACUAAAUGGAGCAAGAGGACAGAAGAUCAUACGGAUAGUCCUAGAAGGUCAUACGGAUAGUCAUAUUUUCAAUGGCGCGUACUCAUGAGGCAAAAUGCAAGAAGAAGUAGUAGGGAAGUAGUCUUCUAUACCCCUGGAGUGGGUACAUUCAUUCACUCAUCCCCUUUUCUACCUGUUUUUUUUCGAUCCCCUUCCAACAGUGCCCGGCGACGUCCCUGUCACAUGAUUCACUUUUCCCCUACCGCAUACCACCACUGGUCUUUCUUGUGGUCCUUGGUGAGACCAUCAUCAACAUCAAU